AAGAUAUUUUUUAUCUAGCUAGCCCUCACACUAAGCAUAGAAAGUCAAAUUUGUCAUUGAGAAUUUCAAUAUUAAUGACAUGGACAUUUAAUACUCCAAAAGUACUGCCAAAAAGAAAUGGUGUCCACAGUUUUAGGGGAAUAAAAAUAGUGAAUAGUAUCUUUUCAUAUACUUCCAGCUGGGAGAAAAUGACCCCCCCAAAAAAAAAAAGGUAACAGCAAGACUACGCAUAUGAGGCUUAUCUGUCUCACUUGAAUCUUUCCCUGUACAUAAUCCACACGUACAAUUUACACAUCCCUUUUUAUCUAUAUAUAUAAAUACCUAGCUAAUAAUCUCGUAGAUAUAAUUUGAAAUCUUGUAGUAUAGAAUAAUGGGUAUGAAAAAUAAUUAUCUGAUUUUUGUUGUGAUAAGUCUGAGCUUGUUAUUGGUUGGUAGGAUUAGUGGUACUGGAAAUAGUGAUGAAUAUUAUAGUAAUAAAGUGAGUGAGAAAAUUAAAGCAGAGCAAGAGGCAGACCGAGUGGUUGGAUUGCCGGGACAGCCACCUGUGAGCUUCAAACACUACGCCGGAUAUGUUAACGUUAACCAAACUAAUGGAAGAGCUUUGUUCUAUUGGUUUUUUGAAGCCAUAAACAAUUCUCAACACAAACCUCUCGUCUUAUGGCUUAACGGAGGACCUGGAUGUUCAUCUAUUGGAUUUGGAGCAGCAGAAGAAGUAGGGCCUUUCUUUCCUCAAAAAGGCAGCAAACCUAAGCUAAAGUUCAACCCUUACACAUGGAAUAAUGCUGCCAAUUUGCUGUUCCUGGAAUCUCCUGUUGGAGUUGGGUUUUCUUACACCAAUACCAGCAGUGACAUUGAUAAACUUGGGGAUACAGUCACUGCCAAGGACUCUUACAAUUUCCUAGUCAACUGGUUUAAAAGAUUUCCUCAAUUUCAGUCCCAUGAGUUCUAUAUUGCUGGAGAAAGCUAUGCAGGACAUUAUGUCCCACAGUUGUCCGAGGUCAUUUUUGACCAAAACAAGCGCGUGGCAAAGAGAAAUUACAUAAAUCUCAAAGGUUUCAUGAUAGGUAAUGCUCUAAUGGACGACGAAACAGAUCAGAAUGGAAUGAUCGAAUAUGCAUGGAACCAUGCAGUGAUAUCAGAUAGUUUAUACGAUGGGAUUAGGAGGAAAUGCAAUUUCAGUGAUGAUCAACAAGUUAAUGAUCAUAACGAGUGCAGUGUUCUAAUGAACAAGUAUUUUGAUGUGUAUAAGAUCAUUGACAUGUACAGCUUAUACACUCCCAAAUGUGUCAUCAUUAAUAACACUAAGAAGAUCAUCACUACUUCUGCUAAUAAUAACCACCAUUCCCCAGUUUUCCAACGCUUUCGCACUAACCAUUUGUUUUCUGAAUCUCGUGGGUGGCACAAGAGGCCAGCAGGAUACGAUCCAUGUGCAUCGGAUUACUCAGAGGCAUAUUUUAAUAGGCCUGAUGUCCAGGCUGCAUUGCAUGCCAAUAUCACCAAAAUUUCAUAUCCAUGGACUCAUUGCAGCGAGAAGAUCGAGUUUUGGAAGGAUGCACCGGCUUCUGUACUUCCUAUAAUCAAAAAGCUUAUUGCUGGAGGGCUUCGCAUUUGGGUUUACAGCGGAGAUACUGAUGGGAGAAUUCCAGUCACAUCUACUAGAUACACAUUAAAAAAGCUUGGAUUACAAAUAACUCAAGAUUGGACUCCUUGGUACAAUAGUAGACAGGUGGGAGGUUGGACUGUUGAGUACAAGGGUCUAAAUUUUGUGACCAUAAGAGGAGCUGGUCAUGAAGUUCCUCAAUUUGCACCAAGACAGUCCCUUAUGCUCAUUGAGCACUUCUUGAACAAUAGGAAAUUGCCAGCUAAACCAUUUUAGCAUUACUUUGCCGUUGUGUUAUUCAUUUUUAGGAAAAUUAAAACACCAAUUGAAAGAAUUGUUGGUUAGGAAGGACCAUAUUGUUCCAAUUGUAUCAAAAGAUACAUACGGUACAAUAGCCAAGUAGCCAAGUAAUAUUGAAUAAGUAAAAUUCAAAUAGUUUCUUCAAUGAUAAUAUACUACCAUUAUGUAAUCUUGAAAUGAUAGAGAGAGAUAGAGAUGUUACAACAACAACAAAA